UUUAUGUUUGUAGACGUAUAUAAUUUUUGAAAUAUUUAUAAUUAACCAAAGAUAUGAUAGAUUUUUUCGAAAAAUUGAAGCGUUUUGAUGCAUAUCCAAAAACUCUGGAAGAUGUGCGAAUUAAAACCUACGGGGGAGCCAUAAUUACAAUCAUCAGUGUGAUAAUUAUGAGUUUGUUAUUUUGGUCGGAAUUUAAUGAUUAUUUAUCAUCAAAUAUAUCAGAGGAAUUGUUUGUAGAUACUUCAAGAAGUCCAAAUAUACAAAUUAAUUUAGAUUUUGUUAUACCAACUGUAUCUUGUGACUUUUUAGCCCUUGAUGCAAUGGACUCUUCAGGUGAAGAACAUUUAGAAAUCGAUCACAGUAUUUAUAAAAGAAGAUUAGAUUUAAAUGGAAACCCUAUUGAAGAACCACAAAAAGAGGAUAUAACAAUUAAGAGUAAAAAUGUUACAGAGGCUGCAGUAAACCAGACUGAGUGUGGAAGCUGUUAUGGUGCGGCAUUAGAUCCAAAAAAGUGUUGUAACACCUGUGAGGAAGUCAGGGAGGCCUACAGAGAGCGGAGAUGGGCUUUAGAUAACUUAGAAAAUAUUACACAGUGUAAAAAUGAAAAAUUCAGUGAGAGAUUAAAAACUGCAUUUCAACAAGGCUGUCAAAUCUAUGGGAAUCUUAUAGUUAAUAGAGUCAGUGGCAGUUUUCACAUAGCCCCUGGCAAAAGUUUUAGUGUAAAUCAUGUGCACAUACAUGAUGUACAACCAUUCUCUUCUAGUUCUUUUAAUACUUCACAUACCAUAAGACAUUUGUCCUUUGGCACUAGUAUAGACAGUUUAACUCACAAUCCUUUGAAGGACACCUAUGGACAUGCUACUGAAGGUGCUACAAUGUUCCAAUACCACAUAAAAAUAGUGCCCACAUCUUACGUAAAAAAGGACCGUUCAAUAAUAAAUUCGUAUCAGUUCUCAGUCACCAAGCAUCAAAAAGUCAUUUCUCUGCUGAGCGGAGAGUCGGGGAUGCCAGGGAUAUUCUUCCAAUACGAAUUGUCACCGCUCAUGGUUAAAUACACUGAAAAGGAGAGGUCUUUUGGCCAUUUUGCCACCAACGUUUGCGCUAUUAUUGGUGGGGUUUAUACUGUUGCUGGACUUCUAGACACGUUCUUGUAUCACACGUAUAAAAUGAUACAGGGGAAGAUGGAGCUCGGAAAAAUAAAUUAAAUUGUGUGUG